AUGGCCGAUCUCCCCGCCCUUUCAUCGCUGCCCUCCCAGGCGCAGGAGACCCAGCUACGCGUGCUCGACACUCUCUUCGAGCCCUCGCCCGAGAUCCACCAGUUAAUGCUGCCAAUCCUGGCAAACCAGACCUUCCACUCCUAUGCCGCCCUCAUUGACGCCGUGGGAGGUCGCAUCUCUGCGUUGGCUGCGCCCAACGCCGACCGACAAGUGCUGUUUGGCAUCUUGGGAUCGCACCCGCGGCUCGGUCGGGCCCCCGCCAACCCCGAACAUCUCAGCGAACUGAGCAAGAAGGAGCAGGCGCAGUUGAACACGGGCGCUGAGGAACAGGCGGAGAAGUUGUUGGCGCUCAACACCGAGUACGAAGAGAAGUUCCCUGGACUGCGAUUCGUGACGUUUGUCAAUGGGCGCAGUCGGGACGUGAUUAUGGAGGAGAUGCGCCAGCGCAUUGACCGGGCGGACAAGGAGAAGGAAAUUACAGAGGCUAUUCAGGCCAUGUGUGACAUUGCCAAGGAUCGUGCACGAAAGCUGCAGGCGCGCAUUUAA